GCGCAGUCUAAUAUUCGCGUUACGUCAUCGACGUGUUAAGGUGUUUUCUAUAUAAUUGCUGGUUCAAGAAGUAUGGCUAGUGAUCAAAUAUGUUAUACUUUAGUCGGUUUGUCAUCCGAAACAAAAACAUAUCCUGAGCAAAAACUCAAAGACGAUUUGCAGAACAGCAAUGAUAAUGUGAAAAGAGAGGCACUUAAGGAACUCAUUCGGCUAAUUAUUAAUGGCGAGAAGUUCCCAAAUUUAUUAAUGACUGUGAUUCGCUUUGUUAUGCCGUCACAGGAUCACAUGAUUAAAAAGCUGUUGCUUUUAUUCUGGGAAGUUGUGCCUAAGUACAGUUCAGACGGGAAACUGCUCCAUGAAAUGAUACUAGUAUGUGAUGCUUAUCGCAAAGAUUUACAACACCCUAAUGAAUUUAUCCGUGGGUCAACUUUACGAUUUCUGUGUAAAUUAAAAGAACCUGAAUUACUGGAACCUAUUAUGCCAUCUAUUCAACAGUGUCUGGAACAUCGACAUGCAUAUGUUCGACGAAAUGCAGUGCUGGCAAUUUUUACGAUAUACAAAAACUUCGAAUCGCUUAUUCCGGAUGCACCUGAGAAAAUUCUAAGAUUCCUCGAACAAGAGCAAGAUUCUUCUUGCAAAAGGAAUGCUUUUAUGAUGUUGCUUCAUGUCAGCCAGAGUACUGCUCUUGAUUAUCUUACUUCUUGUUUGGAUGAAGUACAAAAUUUCGGUGAUAUUCUUCAGCUCAUAAUUGUAGAGUUAAUCUACAAAGUAUGUCUCGCUAAACCUUCUGAAAGGUUACGGUUUAUUCGUUGUAUUUACAGCUUAUUACAAUCUAGUAGUGCUGCUGUGCGCUAUGAAGCUGCAGGGACGCUGACAACACUAAGUUCUGCUCCUAGUGCCAUUAAGGCAGCCGCAAGUUGUUACAUUAAUUUAAUCCUGAAAGAAAGUGACAACAAUGUAAAACUAAUUGUAUUGUCACGUCUCACUGAUUUACGUCAGUAUCAUGAGCGUAUUCUACAGGACCUAAUUAUGGAUAUCGUGCAGAUCAUAAAUGCAUCUGAUAUGGAAGUUCGUCAGAAAACACUUAAUUUAACGAUGGAUUUAGUGACAGCUCGUACAGCUGAAGAAUUGAUUAAGAUAUUUCGUAAGGAACUUAUCAAAGCUUGCAGCACGAAUACACGACCUUCAGCUCCAGCUAGUGAUGGAGAAAAGUCAUCUGGAGAUGAUCAAAAUUCUGACGAAUCUGUCUACCGUUUUUCGUUAGUGCACACUAUAUAUGAUAUUUGCUUACGGUUUCCAGAAGUAUUACCAAGCAUCGUACCGACAAUUUGUGAAAUCCUGACCUACGAAGAAAUUGGCGAUACACGAGCUGCGAACGAGGCUUGUAAGUUUUUACGUGAAAUUUUGGAGCGAUUUCCUCAAAGAAAGGCCGAAAUUUUGGAAAAAUUGAUGCAAAUUUUUCCAUCGAUUGUCGGCCGUGAAACUCUUCGACAUUUAGUGUGGAUUUUUGGUGAAUAUUGUACUACUUAUGAAGAAAUUAACUCCUUUAUGACUCUUAUUCGCCAGGUUAUUGGCGAGCUACCACUUGUUGAUGAGGAGUUACGCAGACAGGCCAGUCAAGCGAAUCCAGUGGACUCGUCUGCUGAAAACCAAAGCCAGCCGUCCGUACUAAUUUCAGGUGAUGUAAAUGUUGGUGUCAAUCCAGCACAACGUGUUACCGCAGAUGGGACAUACGCAACUCAAUCUGCUCUCACUCUUCGUUCGAAUAAAGAUUCUAGCUCUGUAAAUGCAAUAAAACGACCUGUCCUACAAGCAGCUCUAUUCGAAUCACAUUAUAUGCCUGGAGUUGUAUUAUCUGCCUGUUUAGUGAAAUUAUUUUAUCGAUAUUCAUUGAUUCUUAAACAAGAACAAAUGAAAACUGUUAAAGAUGAAAGCACAAAAAGUAAAAUAACUUCAAAAGAAAAUUCAUUCGCUGCUGAAUGUAUGCUUAUCAUUGCGAGUAUGAUACAUUUGGCUACUAGUCGACUACUUCCCCAUCAAGUAAAUCCUGACCACUUGGAUCGUAUGUGGAUUUGUCUAAAGAUCUUGGCUGAUCGUCGUCCUGAAGUCUUAGAGGCUUUCGAACAUACAUCUCGUGGCUGCCUUACUGAAAUGCUUACAUACCAAGAGUCAGAACGUAGAAACAAUGCUAAAGCUCGUAAUCAAGGCUUAAUUGAGCAUCAAAAACAAUUGGCUGAGUUGAAUCGUGCGGACGCGCCUAUCAAAUUCUCUCUACUUACUGGCCAAACUGAGUUUGGUGACACAGUAGAUCGUUUUGACUUAACACUUAGCCAAGCACUGGGUGCAGGUGGAAAAGGAAAUGCUGGUGAUGCUUAUGCUACAUCUAAGCUCAGUAAGGUUCACCAAUUAACUGGCUUUUCUGAUCCUGUAUACGCAGAAGCGUAUGUUCAUGUGAAUCAAUUCGAUAUUUUGUUAGAUGUAUUAGUUGUUAAUCAAACCAAAGAUACACUGCAAAAUUUAACAUUAGAACUGUCUACAUUAGGCGAUUUACGUCUGGUUGAAAAACCUAGUCCAUUAACAAUUGCACCUCAAGAUUUUGCUAAUAUCAAAGCAAAUAUUAAGGUUUCUUCCACUGAAAAUGGUAUCAUCUUCGGAAAUAUUUCUUACGAUGUUCGGGGUUCAUCUGGCGAAACAACUUGCAUUGUGUUAAAUGAUAUUCAUAUUGAUAUCAUGGAGUACAUUAUGCCGGCCACUUGUACACCAAGUGAAUUUCGUCAAAUGUGGUCUGAAUUUGAAUGGGAGAAUAAGGUUACUGUGAAUACGCAAAUCAAAGAUCUGUUCACCUAUUUGUCUCAAAUUACAAGACAUACGAAUUUACGUUGCCUAACACCUACUGAGGCUCUUUCGGGUGAUUGUGAUUAUCUUUGCGUGACGCUUUAUGCCAAGACAAUAUUUGGCGAACAUGUUUUAGCUAAUUUAUGUUUGGAAAAAGCGGAAGCUGAUCAACCUGUAACUGGUCAUGUACGAAUUCGAGCUAAAACACAGGGUAUGGCUGUCACAAUGGGAGAAAGAGUACGUUCAGUUUAACCCUUCUGAUUGUCAAUAUCUUGUACUUUAAUGUGGGAUGAAUGUAGUUUAAAAGGAAACUAUUCAAUAGUAUGAGUUGUUAAAUCAAGUUUUAUAUUUUCUGGUUGUUUUGUUGCAUUUAAAGUGGGUGACUUGGUCAAUGAUUACCAGUUUAAUUCAUAUAUCGUUUCUUCAUAUGUCGUUUCCUUUUCGAAUCCAGAAAAAAUAUUAACUUUUUGCCAUACUUCUAUAUUGUAUUAUUUAUCCAUAGGUAAGAAAUAAGUCCAUUGACAACCUCAAUUUCGGCGCAAAAUUCACUCACUCAUUUGGCUAAAUACCAUUUUGUCAUUGUAGCUUAUGUUAGUUCGCAAUGAAAACAUUAAAUUAAAUUUCUAACCCUAACAUCCAACUGUAAAUCUUAAUAUUGAUUCCUCAUACAUAACCCUCAUUUAACCCUAUUAAGUAGGUGGACAUUCCAAGUUCAUUUUAGCGUUACUCUAAGGUCGUCCAUAAAUUAUCGUCUUACCGAAACACCAUUUGAAAGAUCUCCUUCAGUUAAGCAAGUUCUCACUUUUUCCAAUGUGAAAUAAAACCACAACAAAAUUCUUACUGGUUUCUAUUCUGAGCCACCCCUAAAUUUAUCAAAAAAACUAAGGAUGUUUCUUAGAUAAGAUGACAAAGUUCAUUGUCAUUACCAUCAUUUACCACUUGUUAAUGCGCAAGUUAAAUUUAAAAAAACUUAUCGUAAGCCAAAUCACAAACGAAGCACUAUUUUUUCAACUUCUUCAGACUUGAAAAUAAAUAAUCGGCUUUACGCAUUGAAUCCCACCUUUUAAUUGUAGAGUAUGAACUGACUAGGGUUCUUCAAUUACUUCUGGAAAUAUUGGUGCCUAUUUUGAUCCGAAGCGAUGGGGGUGUAUAUCUUGUAACAUAAUUUAUGUAUAACACUAUUCUAAGUAGUGUAUUACCACUGGUUUAUUUCGCAAUCCCCAUCUUUCUAUUGGUUUCACAUUUCUGUUUUAUAGGUUAGCAGCUGUCAAAAGAACUGGCCAGUUAAUAAUUCUCAAACCCCGAGUGACAACACUACAAAACAUCAAGAUGAUGAGAAUUCCGAUGCAAAUGUAAUACGUUCUCAUUCACCAGUUAAUAAUGUAUUGGUGAAUAGUCACUAAUUUACUUUGAAAUUUUUCUUCAUUCUUUUGUCUACAGGGAACUCAGUUUAUUUCUCUUUGUAUUUGCUCAUUCCUACUCAAAUUGUUUUGUUGUAAGUUGAACUGCAUGAAAUCUUUUAAUCAUCUGCAUUACUUUUUACUCAUGAGUAUGUUAAGCACUACGUCUUUGUAAUAGUUGCUACUAUGUUUUGGUUCUUUUAUUCCUUCUCGUUUUUUUUGUAUCUUAGUCUAAUAUAAAUCUUUUUUCUG